AUGUCCGCCAUUUUUUGUUUUCACAACCAAAACAACUCAUCCUUGCCGGAGCCGACGGUAAUUGGCUCCUGACCUCGUCCCGAAGUCUUCUCGGUUAACGGUGCAUUAACCUGUAGAAGGCUGCAUUUUUGACGUCAUUUCCUCGUUAAACACAAAAUUCUUCCAAAUUUGGUCAUCAGUAACUGGUUAUGGUAAAUUAUGCAUGUGUUUCUAGCCAAUCAGAAUUGGGGAAAUAUUUUGAAUGAAUAAUAAUUAACAAUUUAGAAAAGCUGUUAUUUUUUAUCCAUUUCAUUGUAGUAUUAUAAGCAUUGUAAUGCAAAGGGCAUUAGAUCAUAUACCCAUGUAUUUUGCGCUAUAUAAAUAAUAAUGUUAUGUUGUGUUAUGUUAAGUCCUCUUCUGUCUUGAUUAAUCAUCACAAAUUACAUAUAAAUGGUCCUACAUUGUCACUAUCCACAUUCUCGUAUUGCUCGUGUGGUCUUUCUUCAUCUGUUUUAGAUGUUGUUGAAUCGACAACCUCGUUCCAAGGCAUAUCGAUCCAGGAGGCCGGAGGUUUUUUUUGUUAUGUGUUCGCUAGCCUGCGUAGCAGUCGCUAGCUUCCGUUUCCUAGCUUCGAGCCAAGCUGGGCAAGCGCGAACGGCGCGUAAUUUGUACUCGGCACCUGCGUAUACCUCCAAAGCCAGGGAAAAGCGCCCUGGGGAGGAGGUUGCUGCGUAUGCAAAAAACGCACAUGGGUUUGCGAGUCCGCCAGCCUGCGUAGCUUCUUUCUCGGACGAGAAGGAAGAAUACUUUUAUUUUCUCCCAAUCGUAGGUCACGUGACGGCAAUUUUCUUCGUUUUACCAAUGGACCACCACGCGUCAGUUUAUAGACUACGAGUAGUCCCCCAUUUUUCCUCAAGGAUAGUAGAGCGAGCGAAACGCGAGCGCGCGUGAAAAUCACCCCACGCGUGUCGCCUUUUCUCGCGUGGGGUGAUUUUCACGCGCGCUCGCGUUUCGCUUGCUCUACUAUCUUUGAACAGCAAGUGGUAACGUUUGCGCAUGCGCCAAGCUUGCUGGGAAGCACUUGUUGACGGGAAAUCGUAAUGGCUGAAAGCUGUUCUGAAGCACUUUCAAGGGAGAUUUUUUUGCAUACCCAAUCAACAACAGACAUGUCUUAUAGAUUGGAUACUUUGGCUAAGCCAUGUUGAAGUGUCAUGUAUGGGAGAAGGACCAUUUAGCUGGUUAAUUUUCGUCCAUUUGGCUCCUCUGAUGAGGCAGAUAAAGCGUUCACGAGGUCGUUUGUUGUGAUAUGUUGAUUUGUUGACAUUCAAGCGGUCACGGAUUUCUGGGUUAUCGUCCACGAUCUGCAGAGCUGCCUAACAUUUAGGUAAGAUAUACCCCUUGAUUUACUUUGUGAGAUGUGGAGCAGCAUCAUCGAAUGUUAUGUGUUAAAAUUAUAGCAGCCUGAAUUCAACGUAAUUUAUGUGACCCUGGUAUUUUUGUAGUAUUUGACCCUGACCGUACAGCGAGAUCCAGUUAUAUAUCCCACACAAGCGACUAAACAGGUUAAACUUCUCUUUCGGUCACUCCGUAUUUUCACUUUUAAUGGUUAAUUCAAAGGGGGGAAGUUCGAGUAUUUUGAUACUAUUUAGCGGCAUGAAAUCAACAAGCAAAUUUCCUACUCUUACAAGUAAGGCCAUAGUCGGAUGUUUCCUUCCAUUUUCGAAAAUUUGCUUUUCUGGUUUACAUUGGUGCUCUAUGGCGAUUACUUAUUCUCAGAGAUUAAGAGAUCGAGGCGGUGGAUUAUGAAAUAUUAUUUGCUAAAAUUUCGUUAAAGAUGGACAAAUUUUUCUUGUCCUUUUCAACCUUGUUUUUAGAUUUUUCGUUAACAUGUAAAAGUAUAUCCCAACAAAACUUAUUUGUAAGAGCAUUGUUUCGGAACACUCUUUCAUUCUUGAAUGUUUGAUUUUGCAUCCAAGGGGGGGAACAUGAUGAAUUUACGUUUUAAUAAUCAUGCUCUGUAAGCUCUCAGAUUCACUGACAAGAACCCUCACCAUUUGGAAGAUGAUUUUAUUCUGAUAAUUAUUCAAUGAUGAGUUGUUUAUACAUACAAAAUUGGCGCCUAAAAGAAUUUUAAUGUUAUGCUUAAAAUGUUUACAUAAUGUCUUGAAACAUAACUGAAAUCAAUAUAAAAUAUGAAAAUACACAUAUGUGCAUUCUCUUCCCUGCCCUACUAUAAAAGGGAUUUUUAAAUAAGUGUGAUUUAAUGCAUAUUCAUAUGACCAUUACAAUAUUACUCCCACUCUGACACUAGCACAAGUUCAAGCGCAAAACAAUUCUUGCCCUUGUUCACCUUUGCACUUGCUGGACUGCCAUUCCUGUUUGAAGUACAGAAAACACUGGACAUGAAAUCCCUGUAUUUGAUUCCUUACAUUGGCAUCCACAUAAGAAUUAGCUUCAUCACAUACAAUGUAUUUGUACGCUUACAAAAAUCAUAAAAGUUAUUAUUCCUUUUCUAUCCAAAAGAUUUCUUUCCUUCUUGAAUAUAAAUUCGUAUCCAUGACACUUUAGAAAUCCUGAAUAUCUAAAGGGGUAUCGCUAGUUGUGGGCAACUAGAUAGAAAUAGAUCUUUUGAUACUCUGGGUCUCAUAUAUUCAGUGUUUGUGCACAUGAAUUUAGGAGCACUUGGUUUCCCAAUGUCGGUUUGGCUGUGUAUACACUGUAGUAGUGUAUAUAGUCAUAUAUCAUAGACUGCACAAGCUGCAAUUUAUGUAAAAUUGCCCCUGAAACAAGCUCAUUGAUGCUCUUUGUGUCGCAAGAUGACAAGUUAUGAAAAAUUUCAUUUGCCUUUUGCCUGUUGCAGGAGCUCCCUAUGAGAUGCUCAGCACUAAACCUUGUUGAUUCAGGUGAUAGUCAUUGAGGACGACUGUAUUGUCACAUUUAAACCAGUCACACUUUUCACUCAAGCCAUAGCAGAGCUGGUACAAAAUGGCGACUAUCCGUUUUUUAUUUAACCCUAUGCUGUCUGCAGAAUGUGAAGGGUCUGUCACUCCAUCCUGAACUGCAUCAAAUAGCCUUGGUGCCCCAGAAGACACACAGACAAGCUUUAAUUUUUAAUGAGUCAAACAUUGGCUCACUUGAAGCUACCAUAAACUGAGACUUUAUAAAUAUCAGGCUUUAAGAUCCUUAAGUUCUCCUCAUGUUGAAAUUGAAUGAAAAGGAAAAGUUAGAGCUAAUUUUCUCUCAUUUUCAAUGUUUUAAUCUUCAAAUCAUAAGAACUUGGCCGCAAACAGAUAUGGGCUAGUCAAGGGAGCUAGGCCUUAUUAGUUAUAUCUUAAAUAAUUAACACGUGUGCAGUAGAAAAUAACAACAAAAUUUAUGAAAAGCAAAAAUGAGUGCAAGCAUGGAAGUACCAAAAGCAGAAAAUUCACUUCAAUAUCUCAGAGAGAAAAUGCAGUUUUAGAUAUGACUGUGAUCUUUACUAUUUUAAGUACUUUCACUGUUGUGUGCAUAUUUCCAAUUUUCUAGUAUGUAGAAGUGUGGGGAGUAAAGGGAAGGAUUUUUCAUGGUUAGGGUUACCUCAGUAAAACACAUCUGUAAUAUGAAACAUCUUGUACUACACUCCUGUUUUGGCUCAUCUAAUUCUUUAUUUUAGAAGUAUAAGGGGCAUCUUGGAGUCAAGAGCCUCCAUAUUACAAAAUUCUGCUUACACCCCUGAAUUAGUUAAGGCAUCACAUAGAUUUAAUAGAUGUCUUUUCUAGAGUUUGGGUCUUUAGUUUUAUAUCAUCUAGUCAAAAAAGGAAACAUACAAUUUCAUAGCCCUGGGUGGGAUAUCUUUGAAAUUUUAUCAGUCGCAGAAUUAGGGCACUGCACCUGCUUUGGCUAGGUUAGGAUGGGGUAUGUGGAUGUGGUUAGGAUGGGGUAUCUCUGAAAAGUAAUCACUGGCAGAAUCACUGCACGAAGGUUGCACAUCUCUGAAAAACAGGGCGUUCCUGAACCAUAACUGACGUGAAAUCGUAUUAUUACAAGGAGAUUGUCGCAAGAACUGCAGUUAUGACUAUAUAAACAGACUAGCAUUUAGAAUUUUUUAUCACGGCGUUUUAUUCAAAUCGUAAGCGUCGGACGUUUUGUACUCGGUCACAACUUACAUGAAGAGAUUUUUUCCCAGUAAUCCAGUGUUUAAUAGAGGAGUUUUGCAGCUGUUACACAGAACCCCAUCGACGUGUCCGCGCGCAAGCCAAAACACGAUACAAUAAUCACUCAUGGACCACAAACCGCGCAAAAUUGUGAAUGAUCUGCGACUUAUUAGCCUUGAGACCAAUCUCGCAUAUUCCAAAGAAGACUUUGUCUUAUCUGCACUCCACAAAGAUAGAACAGAUGACUAAGACGAUGGUCAUUUUUAAAAGAGGCACCAUUUUUCUUUGCUGCAUUCGCUGCGAUCCAAUACCACCACAAACUUCCGUCCAGCGGCUCGCGCAUACUCGCAACGUUACCACUUGCUGUUCUCGUAGUCUAGUCAGUUUGUCAGUUUGUCAGUUUAGUGCCAGUUGUCUUCGUUCCCAGUUUUUCUCAGGCAGAAGACCUGGCUGCUAAUUCAUCAUGGCGGCUUUCGGGGCCUUGAAUAUCAAGUGAAAAGAAAGAAAAAUCUUACAGGUUAAACGGAGAAAAGUCAUGGUAAGUCUUGUUAUACAGUAAGUUUUUUUUCUACGGGAAAGGAAUUGCUCUCUCAAGUGGAUAGUGAUAUUAUGGACAAUAAAGUUCGAAAUUGCGGGUUUUAUUAGUAGUAUGGGUUAGCGUGACCGAACAACAUGCUUUUUUCAUGCACAUAAAAGGGAAGGCACAGUCAAAGUAAAUUAUAGUUUCCAAUUUUAAUUUAAGUUUUACAAUGUCCGAUGUAGGAACCCAGCCGAACCCAAACCUAAGGCACACUUCAUGGAGGCCAUUUCCAUUUAAAAAAUACAAGUACUCCCUUCCCUGUACACGAGGUAUUCAGUACAAAAAGAAUGAAAGGAAAACAAUUUCUU